AGGUACGGGGAGGUAUAAAACCCUUUACAUGUAUUAUCUAACAAGUUAUUUCUUCCAUAACUGCCCUGUGGAGCUGUAGUCAGGUUUUUUGGAAAGGUGCGCGAUGCCUUCCACCAAUGAGCUUGUUUCGCACACACCCCCUGCGGGGAUUAGGUUUCUUUCGUUUUCAUUUCCCGGAAGGGUCGAAUGUGAAAAUAGUGCAGUUUGUUUUAUUUGUUCAUCGACAACAUCGUGUUUUCUUUUUUUUUUUAAAUGGAGUUUGGAAAGGCGUGACGUAUUUUUUUUUUAGUUACUCGAGGAGUCAGCUUAUGAGAAAAAUAGUCCCGUUUUUCGUGUGCAAUCUAAAAGAUAAGGGACGUUUACAUGGCGAGCGUUUCCCCGUCACCUUUGAUCAAGCAAGAAACCAGUCCUUCGGCCAUAAUGCAUGGGAGGGAGGUCAGCUUUCCUCCAGCUGUGCAUCACCCUCCCUCAAGUCAACCUCCUUUGCUCAGUCCUCACACUCAGGAGGAUCUGUGGCAUCUACCUGGAAGACUGAGAAUAAAUCCAUCUCUGUGGGAUAAGGAGGAUGUUGCCCACUGGCUCCACUGGGCUCAGAAGGAGUACUCGUUACGCCGACCAGAAAAGGGACACUUUGAGAUGAAUGGCAGGGCCCUUUGCCUGCUGACAAAAGAAGACUUUAGACGCCGCUGUCCGAGCUCAGGUGACGUUCUUUAUGAGAUCCUUCAAUGUGUAAAGCAACAAAGGAGGAGUGUUGUCUGCCAGUCCCCUAAUGUUUCUGCUCCGGCGGCGGGUGGACACAUUCAGGCUCCGGUCAGCAGCCAGAUACCUUCUCACUCUGUCCAAGAGCCACAGUCUGCCAUAGUCAGUGGGAGCCCAGUUUUCCUUGCAGUCACUGCUGCAGCGCCUACAGCUGUUGUAGCUACUGCGAGCAAUCAGCCUGAGCCCAUUUCUCCUCCCAGAGAGCGCCCGCCUGUUUUUUACCCUUACUCUGCGCCGCUCACUCAUAACAUUGGUUCAGCAGCUGUGUGUGCUUUACCUCCAAACCAAAUUCAAUCACUUCCUCUAAAAGAAAGCGUGAUACAGGAACCUCUCAACCUAUCCAGCCGAGAGAGGCCGAGGAGCCCACUGCACAAAGCCAAUGGACGCAUACCAGAGUGCAGACUGCUGUGGGACUACGUGUAUCAGUUGCUGUGUGACGAUCGUUACCAAGACUACAUUCGGUGGGAAGAUCCCGACACACACGUAUUCAGGGUGGUUGACCCCAAUGGACUGGCGCGCCUCUGGGGAAACCACAAGAACCGAGACAACAUGACCUAUGAGAAAAUGUCUCGGGCUUUGCGGCACUACUACAAGCUGAACAUCAUCCAGAAGGAGCGAGGACAAAAACUCCUGUUCAGGUUUCUGAAACUCCCCCAAGACAUCAGGAAACACCAAAUUGACACAUCCGGGUCCCCUGAGCAUACACCACCUCAGGAUGUGGACUUUGCAGACAGCAGUCCUUUGCAGGAUCUCAGUGACGAUCACUUUGAGGUUUCGCCUGACCGAGCAUCUCCACAGCCUCCCCCGACUGGCGCUCCAGUGGGAUAGAGAAGAAUAACAUACAGCUUUAAAUAUUCAGGCAGAACAAAUAAAUAUAUAUAUUUUUGACAGUUUCGGUUUUGAAAAUGAUCCAUGCUUGUACAGAUUGACUUGAAUAUUCUAGAUGUUUUCUGAGGUUGCAUUAUGUGCUGUUCAUCAUUUUACAUGUGAAUGAACACUAACAUUCAGGUGAAAAGAAAUAUCUUGAUUCAUCCAUAAAAUCAUUGUAGCACAUGUAGGUUUUUUAAACACAAUCACAACAUGAUUUCUGGGUUUAUCUUCACAAACCACCCCAGUCUGGUAUAUAAAUGAUAGCUGAAGCAGGGGCUAACUGUGAUCAAACAAAAUUUCUGCUGGUUCUGUUUCUGUUUUUUUAUAUAUAUAUAAUGAAGAAUUUGUUUUUGUGAGAGUUUUGGAUGUUUGCUUUGCUUUAUGAAAAUAAAUGUUUUAUAUGAUAGUCAAAAUUUCUAUUGCUGUUCAUAAACACAGAAAGUUACCAAAACGUAGUGCCUUGAAAAAGUAUUCACAACACUUGAACUGCUGCCGCCAUGUUUUACAAUAAAGUUGGAAACUAUUAGCUUUC